UGUAAUGCGCAUGUCUAUCCGGAGGAUUUGCUUCCUGAGGUCUCCCGCUGGUAGCAAAGUAGCUCCUGGGCCAAUGCCGCGACCCUGUGACCUCCGGGAGCCUGUCAGAAACAAUCUGGUAGAUGAUGCGAAGGCCCGCUUGAAGAAGUUCGAGAAAGUUGUUGGGACCAGAUAUUCUCACUUGUCUCCUUACAAAUACUCUGUCCUCUUGCCAUUGUUGGUCAGAAGAGGAAAACUCCACCUGCUGUUCACCGUCCGCUCAGACAAGCUGAGAAGGGGCCCUGGAGACGUCUGCUUCCCUGGAGGAAAGAGGGACCCAGUAGACACAGAUGACACUGCCACUGCUCUGAGGGAAGCUCACGAGGAAGUGGGACUGCAUCCCCACCAAGUGGAGGUCAUCUCUCACCUGGUGCCAUAUCAGAUUGAA